AUGUCACAAAAAUCUAAUAUUCUCCUAAUUCUUGCUUUUCUUAAGCACCGGUAUUAUGGAAACACAAUCCCGUUUGGAUCAACGGAAGAAGCCAUGAGAAAUGAGAGCACUCAUGGAUAUUUCAACUCAGCUCAAGCUAUAGCUGAUAAUGCAGAGUGCGCUCAUCUUGUUGACAUGAUAAUGAGCGAGUUGAAGCUUGAUAAGAAAGUUUCAAGUCUUAAAAUUGAGUAUGUUGAGAUGUCACCAAUUCGGAUAUCGAAUGACAGUUCCAUGAAGUUUCCUUUGGAGUUGAAGCGCAGGGAUCAUCGCGUCACUGCAUAUGCAUUGCUUGUCAGUAUGUCCAAGACUACAAUCAUGACAGGAAGUCAGUUACAAGAACGAUUAGAGAAUGAAUUUGGGAAUAUAGCAAUGUUCAAGCAAAGAGUGGGUGCUGACAUUGCAACUACCAUGCACAUCACAUCAGUUAAAUGA